GCUCUGCCCGACGCUGCUGUUCCGCAGAAUUAUCAAAAGCUCUAAGUGAGUGUAGGGGCAAGGUCAAGCCUAAACGUCACUUUGCAGCCACACCAUCUACUGAGUCAGCGAAAGAGAAGGCAUUGCCUCCUAACGGUACCAUCGGCCUUCCGGAGCUGCUGCCGACAGUACUUAAAGUGGAACCGAAAAUUCUGUAGUUCCAGCACGUAGGCCAGCGCCAAGGUACAAUAUGAUGACAAGUUUGUUUCCGAAGCUCACCGUUUGUGCAUUCGUGCUCCUCGUCACGGGCCAUCCUUUGCCUGAGGAGCCCGAGUCAAGCCCUGCCUCUCAGCCAUCGGCGCAUGAGAUCGCCAACGCAGUGAAGCAGGUUUCAGCAGCGAGUCCAGCUUCAGAGGACGCGGUUGCUGAAGCAGCCGCUGCAGAAACCGUAGCCGAAGCAGCAGCGCCGGACGGGGCUGCCGCCGCGGCGGCGCCAGUGGAAGGAGGAGCUGCAGAAACGGCAGCGGCCGCAGCUGUGGGUGCUAGCAGCGGCGCGCACGGCGCAGCCGCAGUCGCACCUCUCGGCGCAAGAGCAGCUGACGCCGCCCUGCCCCACAUCUCGGGAGCCGUGUCGGGACCACGCUACGAGCACGCGUCGCACCAGCAAUCGGCUCGGCAAGAGGGGUUCAGUGAGGCGGCGCAAGGGGCCGAGCAGGGCAGUCACGCAGCUGAGUCCGGCGAAGCCUUCAAGAAGGUCGAAGGCUUCGAGAACCAGAGUGGCUUCCGAAAGCAGGAUGGCUUCUCAGAGAAGAGCAGCAACCGCUAUGGGUCAGGAUUCUUCCAGGGAAGCGAGGGACAGCACGACUUCAACCGUGGAAACCAGCAUUCCUUUGGAGUCGCCGGUUACGGUGCCCACCACUCACAGGGGGUGGUCGGCAGCCCCAACUAUCACGAGCUCCUGAAGGUCGGCUUCAUCCCAUGAUUAGGUCAAGAAUACCAGGGCGUCGAAGAGUAACUGCGGCUUCCGUUCCUGCAGAUCGCGCCUGCAGUAGGCACUAGCAUAACGGCAUUUGUUUCUCAAUACACAAUUCAUAAACAUUCUACGCGUGGCAUCUCUUGUCCCUCAAAGGCCUAUACGUACAAAUGUCUUCACCUGAAAGGAAUGUGUACACACGUACAGCCGCACACAUCACGCUACACGUCCAGCUCUGAAACAGAGCUUAUCACUCCGUGUCUCCGAAGGGUUCCUGCAGCCCCCGUUCAAAAUGUCUAAGGGCAGCAUUAAGCAGGUUUCAGCCAUGCAGUCACGAAUGGCCUUGUCAUAAAUAUUACAUCCUUCCAGAAAUAUCUCGAGGACCACUAGCGCUCGCCUUGGUAAUGUAUCUGUUGGCCUUGAACCUACACUCUCAGGAAAUUAACAUCUUCGAAGGUGCAUUCCAUAUCGAAACUAAAGCACUGCACAGGCCGUUUUUUCAGGCCCGGGCCCGGCCCGAGCCCAAAAGUGUCAUGCGAUGGCCCGCCCGAGCCCGACUCGGUAGUUUCAAACCUGACCCGGGCCCGGCCCGCUUCGGCCGUUAGCCCUUGAGCUUAAGCGAACCAUGGUCCAAUUUUCAGUAAUUGUGAUAACACCAUCCGCGUCACAGGACAUUUUCUAGAGAUUGUUUCGACUGUAUCAGGACUUGGUCUGGCGUUAUUGCUGAUAAAUGAACAAGUAAAAUGGAAAGAAAGAUUAUAUAUUCGACCCAUUAUACUCGUGCGUUAACAUGCGAUAUGAGAGCAUGUGCUACAUUUGCCAAAUAGUUGGUCCAUCCUCCAGCGUGCCCGAUGUUGGAGGUCACGCGAUCAAAAGAUAGCUAGAGCAGAAGCGAGGGGGGGGGGGCAAAGUGAGCGCGCGCUAGGUGGAGGGAGGAAGAGGCAAGGGCGUUUCACCUCCUUGGCCAUAGCACAGGCCACGCUGUCCACGCGGCUGAGCCCAUUCUGUAGAUGUUGUGGGGAACUAGCAACACUGAAUCACAUAAUAUGGGACUGCGAGGAGGACAAGCCUCCUCCUAACCUGAAGGCCUUUCCCUCACGUGAAGCAUGGGAGGCGGCGCUGCACAGUUCUGGGCUGGACAUCCAACUCCAGGCCAUAGAACGAGCUGAAGAGGUCGCCUUCAAACAUCGAUUGACGGCCAUCUGGCUCGCCUGAAGAAACCACGCCUAAUCACCCCAGCUAACGAUGACGAAAUAAAGUUCUUCCUACCUGUAGUAGGCAGUUUUCAAAAGUC